AUGGGGCGGCCUAGGUACGUCUGCCACAUCAGCCCGGCCCACCACCGAUCCCAUGCCGUCCCCACAAAAAACCCAAUUGCAACAGAAUCUGACCUUGGUUUGGCAGAUGCCUACAUUAACGGCUGGUGCUCUUUUGAUGAUAAGAAAGAAGGUCUUCUGAAUCUUUUCCUGAUUUUCAUUACCAACAGAGGUGCACCCAAGAGCAGUAGCAGCAUUGUCAGCAAAAGGGGUUGGUGGACACCUAUGCUUCUUACCGCUGGGCUGGCAUCUGCUAAAUAUUUUCUGCGCCACACCUCAAGGAAGAACUCUGUAACACAAACUCGUCGAAACAUUUCACAACACUAUGAUCUGAGUAAUGAUUUCUUCUCGCUUUUUCUGGACAAAACGAUGACAUAUUCUUGUGGAAUUUUCAAGAGGGAGGACGAAUGCUUAGAAGAAUCCCAGAUACGUAAACUGAACCUUCUAAUUUACAAGGCUAAAGUUGAGAGGGAUCAUCAUGUCCUUGAGAUCGGCAGCGGCUGGGGCGGCUUAGCAAUACAAGUGGUCAAGCAAACUGGCCGCAAAUACACUGGAAUAACUUUGUCUGAGGAGCAGCUUAAAUUUGCUCACGGAAAAGUUAAGGAAGCUGGCUUAGAGGAUCAUAUAACUUUCCUGCUGUGCGACUAUCGUCAGAUACCAGCUCGCAAAUAUGACAGAAUCAUAAGCUGCGAGAUGAUCGAACAUGUUGGCCAUGAAUACUUAGACGCAUUUUUUACCUGCUGCGAGUCUCACUUGGCUCAAGAUGGCAUUUUUGUCCUACAGGCCAUCACCAUGCCGGACGAACUCUACGAGGAAUACAUUAGAAGCCCAGGCUUCAUAAAAGAAUACAUCUUCCCUGGGGGUUCACUUCCUUCUUUAUCCCGGAUAACAUCUGUGUCCGCCUCUGCUAGACUCUGCAUAGAGCACCUCGAAAAUAUUAAUGGUGACCAGUAUUACCUGACUCUGAGGAGCUGGAGGGACAACCUAAUGGCCAACAAAGAUGAAAUUUUGGCACUGGGCUUUGAUGACAAGUUCAUCCGUGUAUGGGAGUACUACUUCAUAUACUGUGCAGCCGGUUUCAGAACAAGGACACUUGGAGAUUACCAGGUUGUGUUUUCUCGUCCGGGCAACAAUAAGCUGGCCCUGGCUUGAGAACUGAUCCUUGAUCCUCUUCGCACAGCUGCCAGGCUAUGUUUAUCUAGCGCUUAUCUCAAUAAGUCAGUUCUUCCAAUGUUUGUUAGCCCCAUCUGGGCUCCCGACGGCUUAAAAGUGCUUUUAUCUGUGUUGUUUUAAUGGUUCAAUGUUUGGUUUGUACGGGCUGCAGUGUAUUCUUAUGCAGUGGCCCAUUUCGUGUGUGCAAGUAAUAAACUUGCAGAUGAU